GGAAGAGGUAAUUACUCGUGUGUUUCACAUUUUAUAAAUUUAAUUAAUAUCUUUUUUACAUAAAUUGAAAAUAAUUUACUAAUUAAUUAUUGAUCAUAUUGAAUCUUGCAUUGAAUUUCGCAUGUGACAGUAAUAGGUCAAUCAAAUAGGCUGUACAUUCAACGAAGGAACCAAUUACUCUCUGCAAAAACCCCUUUUCACCAGCUGAGAUUUGAGAAUGGCGGCAUUGUCUUUGCACGACAUGGCGAUUGCACGUUCGAUUUCCCUCCAAACCCUAAAUCCUCGAAUUAUUCGACCCAUCUCAUUAAUAAUCGAUAUCAACAGUUGUCUAUUCCUAGACAUUUUCAUCCCAUGCAAGAAAACCACAUGAACCAAUCUCUUGAAGGAAGAAAAUGGCCUCAAAAUGAGUGUAAAGAGAAAGAAAUGUCGAUAUCUAACUCACGAACGCAAUCUUUUCGCAACAUUUCUAUCGGCAGCAAAAUCGGGACUAAUGAUCAACUGAAAUCGGGCAUCGUGUUUGACCGUAAACCUAAUAAGUCGCUCAGUCUUGAUCAUUCCUUGAGGCAUCAGAUGAAGGACCAAGAGAAGAAGACGAUUACUCGUAAAGAAUGGUUUCCUUGUGAUUUGCAGCUAAAUUUGAGCCUCGGCCUCAACAACAAUAAUAACAUAAACGAUCACAAGAGUUGCAGUAAAGGAGGAGAACCAGAUAUUAACACGAAGCUUUCUCUUGCGUUCACUCCGCACUCAUCGACUGCAAAUUAA